GAUGGCAUUACAUGAGAGUAGUCUGAGAAAAGAGACUAAAGGUCAUCUGGUGAUGUCACGCUAGUUUCAUGUCUUCAGAAAAGUUCACGGAACAAAGAUGGCGACUGGUCGGUGUCCUCCUUCAUCAGACGAGCAGUUCACUCGUGGCCGUUUCUCCGGYAAGGUUGCCAUCGUUACCGGWGGUGCUUCGGGUAUCGGUGAARCUACAGUCAGGAGAUUCCUUAACGAUGGAGCAGCWGUAGCAAUCUUUGAUAUCAACGACAAACUGGGUAAAGAGUUGGAGACAUCACUCAAGUCGUCAGGCCACGAGGUUGUGUUCUAUUCUGUAGAUGUGUCUGAUAGAGAUCAGUGUAUUCAGGCAGUGGACCGUGUGGCCAGCGAUCUUGGACGUGUGAAUUGUCUUUGUAACAAUGCGGCGUAUUUUGGCGCCAAAGGUGUUGACGCACGUAAAGAAGACUGGGACAAGACAAUGGCUGUCAAUGUUCAAGGAUACUCCAAUAUGGUCCAAGCAUGUCUGCCACACAUGAAAAAGAAUGGUUCUGGCCAUCGUGCUGUAGUUAAUGUUGCAAGUAUUUCCGCUUACGUAGCUCAACCUUUUCACUGGACGUACUCCUCAAGUAAAGGAGCAAUAGUUUCACUAACGAAGUGUAUGGCUUUGGACUUGGCUGUCGAUGGGAUACGCGUGAAUUCUGUCAGUCCUGCUUGGACUUAUACACCAGAGGUGAGACGCGCUGACAUCCUAGCCAACAAUACAGGCGCGUGGAGAGUGUGCGCGGUGGAGAUGGAGUUUGUGGUACAACAACUAACCAAGGACAUUAGCGAUUAG